CGCACUUCUUGACACCCCCGUCCAGAGAACACUGGGUUUUUGUGUACAUGAUGCUGUUGAUACGUUUCGCCUCUCUUGUCGCCCUCGCAGCAGUAGCGCUUGGGGCUCCUGCUUCAACCGUCGAGAGCCGCAGUAUCUCUCAGUCUCUCAUGGACGAUUUGGAGAGAUAUGUUCAGUUUGCUUCUGCAGCAUACCAAAUCCAAUUGCUAUGCCCUGCACCACUCGGAACUACGAUGGUAACACAAUUUAAUGAAGACUCGACUAAUACGCAAGGAUACAUUACACGUGAUGACGACCUCAAGGAAAUUAUUGUCGCUUACCGUGGCAGUAUUCAAUUGCAGGAUUUCAUCACAGACUUGGAGUUUGCGUUAGUCGACUAUUCGUCGCCAGGCGUGACUGGAACGGACGGAGUCCAGGCGCACCAGGGAUUCCUCAAUGCUUUCAACAGCGUCGCGAACACAGUGAUCUCUACUGUCUCAGACCAGCUGAAGGCACAUCCUGAUUAUUCGCUCAUCUCAACCGGGCACUCUCUUGGUGGUGCACUUGCAUCUCUCGGCGGCGUCUCACUUGCAGCAAAUUUCCCGGAUGCACCAUUACGAGUGUUCACAUUCGGUCAACCAAGGACUGGUAACCCUGGGUAUGCAACUCUCGCAGAAAAUCUUAUUGGUGUUUCAAAUAUCUUUAGAGGCACCGAGACCUAUGAUGGUGUACCGACAAUACCGUUCCAAUCAUGGGGUUACCAACAUCAUGGGUCUGAAUACUGGGUUUCACAUGAUCCAAACACUGACCCCAACAACGUUGUAACCUGUGUUGGACGCGAGGAUCCGAACUGCAGCGAUUCAAUCCCGUCAACAGGCAUCAAUGACGCACACUUGCGCUACUUCGGUCAAAUUAUUGCACUUAACCCUACAGUCUGCUUCUGA